AUGGAAGAGGAUGAAGGCCGGGGUACUAAGGUUGUUUAUGAUGGUAAACGUAUGCGUAAAGCCAUUACCAGACGUAAUGUUGAUUAUAACGGUCCGAUUUUAAAACAUAAAUUAGGAGGUCGUUUUGGGAUAGUACAAAAACAUCCAUUAUAUUCUAUCUAUGUACCCCCUGUAACGGGUGCUUGUUCAUUAUCUAAUACUUUAACUGUUAAUUUAGCGCAUACUAGUAUCAAUAAGGUAAGAACGCCUAUUAAUGCUGUAAAGUAUGCUCCUAAUGGGAAGAGACUUAUUUCCGGAGCAGCUACAGGUGAGUUUACCCUUUGGAAUGGGUUUAGCUUUAACUUUGAAACGAUCUUACAAGCCCAUGAUACAGGCGUAAGAUCUAUGUGCUGGACACCUCAUGGGGACUUUUUAGUCUCUGGAGAUCAUGCUGGUACAGUUAAGUAUUGGCAGCCUUCCAUGAAUAACAUUCAGAUUUUAGAGGCCCAUAAGGAAGCAAUUAGGGAUAUUAGCUUUUCACCGCGUGGGACUAAAUUCUGUACGGCUUCUGAUGAUGGAACGAUUAAGGUCUUUGACUUUCAGGAGACUAAGGAGGAGGCAGCAUUGACGGGACAUGGUUGGGACGUUCGGGUGGCGCAGUGGCAUAAAAGACACGCACUGAUUGCUAGUGGGGGUAAGGAUAAUUUGAUUAAGCUUUGGGAUCCACGUGGGAAGGAGAAGACUACUUUGCACAUUCAUAAGAAUACUAUUCUGUGCUUGAAAUGGACAAAUGAUGGCGAGUCGAUUCUAUCAGGGGGUAAGGACCAGGUGAUUAAGAUGUUUAACUUGCGGGCGAUGAAAGAAGAGUUUGCGCAUAAGGGUCAUCAGAAGGAAGCGACUGCCUUAUGUAUGCAUCCCUGUUUAGAUAGUUUGUUCGUUUCUGGUGGUGGUGAAGGUGCCGUUUAUAUUUGGCAGAAGCAUAAUGAGUAUCCAAUUAGGGUUAUUCCUGAUGCGCAUAAUAAGACU